ACAUGGCUGCUGCCGGCCACCCGCGCCUGGGAUAUCAGACUGAAAAUAACAGCUCUGAAUAUUCCUGAGGAAGAAUUUUCCUGUGACAUAGAAAUGGAAGGAUUCAUAAGGGAGGGUGCCUGUUUCUCCAUUCUAGGUGACAGUUGGGACUGUGAGAACCGGGAGGGACAUUUGAGGCAAUCAGCUUUAACUCAGGAGAAACCACAGGCUCAGGAAACAAUUCGUGAGUAUCCUGAUAUCAAGGGGCAUUUGAGUACAAGCUCAGACCUUCCACCAUCUCAGAGAGUUCCUACAACAAAUGGUUUCCAUAUGCAUGAUUCAGAUGUUGAAAGUUUGGUUUGUGAUCCAGCCUUACACAGUUGUCCCAAAAGCUAUGCAGCUAAGAGAACUGGUGACAGUGAUGCCUGUGGAAAAACCUUCAACCAUUCCAUGGAAGUUAUUCAACUUGGAAGAAAUCAAAUGAGAGAGAAACCCUGUAAGUACCCGGAAAGUGUUAAAUCUUUCAGCCAUUUUAUUCCCCUUGGUGAUCAAAAAAUAAUGAAAAGAGGCAAGAAACUGUAUGAAGGUAAGGACUUUGGGGACAUCUUUACCCUGAGCUCAUCUCUUAAUGAAAACGGGAGGAGUCACCUUGGAGAGAAACCAUAUAAAUGUACUGAAUGUGACAAAUGCUUCAAACGGAACUCUUCUCUUGUUUUACAUCACCGAACUCACACUGGAGAGAAACCUUAUACCUGUAAUGAGUGUGGAAAAUCCUUCUCCAAAAACUACAACCUGAUUGUGCAUCAAAGGAUCCAUACAGGAGAGAAGCCCUAUAAGUGCAGUAAAUGUGGGAAAGCUUUCAGUGAUGGGUCAGCUCUUACACAACACCAGAGAAUUCACACAGGUGAAAAGCCUUAUGAAUGUCUAGAAUGUGGAAAAACCUUCAACCGAAAUUCAUCCCUGAUUUUGCAUCAAAGAACUCAUACAGGGGAAAAACCAUAUAGAUGUAAUGAGUGUGGGAAACCCUUCACUGACAUCUCUCACCUCACUGUGCAUCUCAGAAUCCAUACUGGUGAGAAGCCCUAUGAGUGUAGCAAAUGUGGAAAGGCUUUCCGAGACGGCUCGUACCUCACCCAGCAUGAGAGGACUCACACUGGAGAGAAGCCCUUUGAAUGUGCAGUGUGUGGGAAAUCCUUCAACCGCAAUUCUCACCUUAUUGUGCAUCAAAAAAUCCAUUCUGGGGAGAAACCCUAUGAAUGUAAAGAGUGUGGGAAAACUUUCAUUGAGAGUGCAUAUCUCAUCAGGCAUCAGAGGAUUCAUACUGGUGAGAAGCCCUAUGGCUGUGACCAAUGUCAGAAACUUUUCAGGAAUAUUGCUGGCCUCAUCCGCCACCAGAGGACUCAUACUGGUGAGAAGCCCUAUGAGUGUAAUCAGUGUGGCAAAGCUUUCAGGGACAGCUCUUGUCUGACCAAGCACCAGAGAAUUCACACUAAGGAGACCCCAUACCAGUGUCCAGAAUGUGGGAAGUCUUUUAAGCAGAACUCUCACUUAGCAGUACAUCAGAGACUCCAUAGCAGAGAGGGUCCCACCCAGUGUCCUCAUUGUGGAAAAACAUUCAGAAGGAGCUCAUCCCUUGUCCGACAUCAAAGAACACACUCUGGAGAGCAAACCAUGGAAAUAUAAUAAACGUGGGCCACACUCUUCUCCUAACUUGUUCUCGAAAACCUACAUGAAGGAGGUGUGUCUUCAGUUGUGACUCUUCCCUGGUUGGUAGAAAAGAAUUCUUUAAGCUAUCCAGUUAAUUGAUGACUAUGUGACAUUCCUUAGCCAUUUUGUUAAAUCUGUUCAUUAGGGAACUCCAGGAGAGAACAUAGGAUGGUAAUAAAUAGGAAAAGUCUUCGGGGAUGAUUCAGCCUAUACCAAAUAUGUUAGCACAUACACUGGAAUGAAGCAUGAGAAUGUGAGGAAGAUACUUUCCUGGAGAUAUCCACACACUUCUGCAUCAGAAUGCUUAAACUAGAAAGGACAUGUGAAUGUAUUCGGUAAGUAACUGGUAUGAGGAAUCCUUUAAUAGGGAGUAUUCAUCUUAUUGUACAUAAGCAAACUCUUGCUAGAACGAAAUUUUGUAAGUAUAAUCAGGAAGAGAAGCUUUUGGCAGGAGCUCUUAUUGCCUUCUGUAUUAGUAAAGACAUACUGGUGAGAGAGCCCACACAAUGCUCAACUCCACAGCAACCACAGAAUUAUUGUUAGAUUUUGCUGUUUGAAUGUAUUUCUGUGUUACAGUCCUGCCAGAACGUUGAGGAUUUGUUUCAGAAGAGGAAACUUAAUGAAGAAGUCACUUGUGACUGAACAGUGAAGUCAUCCCUCUUAAGACUAAAACGGGCUUAUGAUAAGAUGGAAAGGGCUGCUUCCAAGAAAUGUGAUUUGUUGCUUUAGUUCUUGAAAUAAAAAAAUAUUGAGUUGUUAUGUUUAUGUUAUCAUCUCUCCCCGCAACCCCACGCCAUUGUUGUUCAUUUAGGACACUUCUAAUUUGUUCCUUUCAGCUGCUCUGAACCACAGUUAUAAAGGUUUUUUUGCCUUGUUGAAAAUGCUUACAAUAUGGCAAAAAGAAGGCAUAAAAUAGAUUUACUGUCAUUACAGCCAUGUAAAGAUAUGUGCACAUGUGUGUGUAGAUUGGAAGUGGAUGAUGGAGAAAUAAACAAGUGAUUU